AUGGCCGGAAAAAUCCUUACGAUUUUCUUUCUCAUUACCACUUCAAUUUUCUUCUUUGCUACUCUGUAUCACCUUUACCUUCGUGAUUCUAUCUCCUCUGUCUCCUCCUCCUCCGUUGAUAACAAUUAUCUCCGACUUUCUGAUCCCCCACCAUCACCACCACCACCACCACCACCGAAAAUCACCACCAUUACUAUCUCCUCCCCACCCCCACCCCCAAAAAUCGCCAUUACUAUUUCCUCGAAAAAAUCUGAUAACCUCGUUAUUCAUGAAAAUAUCUCUUCACCUAUAACUCCAUUUCAAAUUUCUCUGUUACGUGGUCAAAUUUCAUCUGUAUCAAUUCUAAUGCCUGAUUGGGAAAUUUUUGUUAUUGUUUCUCCGGAUUAUACUCAUGUAAUUUCUCAUCACGAUCCUUACAUUUGUUCAUACGGAACAGGGGAGAUUUCCCCUGCUAUUCCUGCAGGGGAGCUCCAUUUUCCGGUCCGGUCUAUGUUUAAGUGCGAGUUUCCAAAGAGAGCUCGCCGGAGAUUGCCAUUUAAAUCACCCAUAUUGAUGAAAUCAACCGAAAAUCGAAAUGUUAGCAUGAUAUCAACAAUGCCGGAGCUGUUAAGGUGGACGUUUCUCGUUUACGAUUCUCUAACAACAGAUGAGGACAUUGUUUUGUUUGUUAAAGGGGUGAAUAAUCGUCAAGGAAUUAACAGAGAACCCAAUGAAUUUAGCUGUAUUUUUGGGUAUGAGGGUAAUAAGGUAAUUAGAACCAACGUAACGAGUUCAAUACAAGAAGUUUUUCGAUGUAAUCGCCCUGAUCCAACUGUUAUGGAAGGAGAGGGAGUACCAAUCUCUCUCGAAAUUUUACUUCCUGUUCCAAUGGUUGUACCUUCUGUGUCUUACUACAAUGCACCACGAAAACUGGCAACUAACAAGAAGUCAGAGAAAGCUCGUCUUUGUGCAUGUACCAUGGUGUACAAUGUUGGUAAAUUCUUAAAAGAAUGGGUAUUGUAUCAUUCAAAAAUAGGUGUUGAAAAAUUCGUGUUAUACGACAAUGCUAGUGAUGAUGAUUUAGAAAAAGUUGUCGACGAGCUUGUUCAUGAUGGCUAUGAUGUGAAAACUUAUUUUUGGGUAUGGCCUAAAACUCAAGAAGCCGGUUUUUCGCAUAGUACAAUUUAUGCUAAGGAUUCUUGUUCUUGGAUGAUGUACAUUGAUGUGGACGAAUUUGUGUAUUCACCUUUAUGGGCUAAUCUAUCGCGUCCAUCUGAAUCUCUAUUGCAUUCUUUGUUACCAAAUCCUAAGAAUAAACAAGAUCCAUUGCUUGACAAGAGACAAGUCGGGGAAAUUAGUAUCCCAUGUUAUGAAUUUGGACCAUCGAAUAUGAACUCUCAUCCUAUAACAGGAGUGACACAAGGAUACAACUGCAGAAGAAAGAUCGAGAAUAGACACAAGUCUAUUGUAUUCUUGGACGCGGUUCAUCACUCUUUGCUCAAUAUGAUUCAUCAUUUCAUAUUAAAUAAAAGGUAUAGGGGAAAGAAAAUGAGUGUUCAUGAUAUGGCGGUGAAUCACUACAAGUUUCAAGCUUGGCCUGAAUUUAAGGCUAAAUUUAGGAGAAGGGUAUCGGCUUAUGUUAUUGAUUGGACUAAAGAAUUGAACCCACGCUCAAAGGAUCGAACCCCAGGACUAGGAUUUAGUCCGGUUGAGCCUAAAGGUUGGCCAUUGAAGUUUUGCGAGGUAUAUGAUAAUGGUUUAAAAGAUUUAACACGGAGAUGGUUUGCACUAAAGUCUCCAACUCCGUUACAUGAAUACCGUAUGGAAUGGCAAAGAUGA